CCUGACAGGCGGCGCCUCACCUCAGACUCCAGCUGCAGCGUGGACUCAGGACUGGGACUGGGACUGGGACUGUGGGACCAGCACAGAGGCCAGAUGUGUGCAGCUGCCUGAGGGAUGCUGGGCUCCGUCUCCCUGAUUUAGUCAAAGAGAAUUUCUCGACACUGAAACUGAAACACGAGGAUCAUGUCGCGUCACCGCAGAGGAAAGAGUCUGUCGGAUGCCAUCACCCUGGGGCCGUCAGAGGAAGGAGGCCUGCUCAUCAACGGCCAGGAUUCAGCCAAUCAGCGUCUGGAGAAAGGGGAUGAAGUUUUGGGGGCAAACGUACUGAAGGUGAUGGAGCCGUUUGAUAACAAAGUCCGAGUCCUCACCAGGAACAACCUGAGCAAGAGCCUCGGAGAUCUGGACCAGUGUGCGAACAAGAGUCCAAAGACGAUGCUGAAGGAUUCCUACAACAAACUCUAUAAUGCCAAAAUCAAGAGGUUUAUGAGGGAGGAUGUGCUCGGUGCCGAUGAAAGUCGUGAAAACGGCAAACUAACUGUGGCCGGCUCGUCCAAGAUCGGCCUGAAACACGACAUGGACCUGCCUCGCCUCGGAGUGGACUUUGGACUUAUGAAAACCAGGAGGCGCCAAACAUCAGAAUCUGAUGAAGACGCCGACUCAGAAUCUGAUGACGCAACGUUAACAGACGGCAGCAAUCUGAAUCUUCCACCGUUGGGUCUCGGCUUGAGUGGGGCUGCUCGAAGUGGAACCCAGGCACCGAGAUGGAAGGUCCAGGCCAGAAAUCCGCAGCUUGACGCUCCAGACUUCCAUCUGAACAGGGGCCGUCCAUCAGGUGACCUGUCAAUGCAAGAUGUUGAAAGACCUCAGAUUGGACUGGAAGGUAAAGGAACUUUUAAAGCUCCAGAAGUAGGAGCUUUCGGUGUUGGUGCCCCUGAAAUGGGGAUGAAUCUUAAUCGUGGAAAUAUCACUGGUCCAUCCCUUAACGCUAGCUUUCCCAAAGUGGGUUUUGAAGAAGCAGAAAAUGAAUUCAAAAUGCCAAAAUUCAAUCUGCCUGACCUGGGUCUCUCUGGACCUUCUCUAAGUGGAACAGAAUAUAAACUGGAGACACCAGAUAUCAAUAUCCCAGAUGUUCCUUCACGUAAAAUCAAUGUCAAGCAUUCCAAGAAACUGAAAAAGCCAAAUCUAAAUGUGGAUGAUUUUUCCGGUUAUGUGGAGUCCCCUAAAUUCGGUGCAUCUGGGAGAUCCCCUGACUUAGACCUAGAAAUGCCAGGUGCUAAUGUACCACAGCUUGAUCUCAAUGGACCAGACUUUGAUAUGAACUCACAUGAAUUCAAAACGUCUCUUAAAAAACCAAAGAUUGAUCUUAAAUCUCCAGGUUUAGAUUUGGAUGCUCCGGCCGGUAAACUCACUACGCCCAGAUUUGGAUUCUCUGGGAACGGUGAAGCUAGAAUGCCUGAUCUCAGAACACCAAAGAUAAGAGGUGAGAUUCACGCCCCUGAUGUAAAUCCACCCAAAACUGACCUGACGGCUCAGUCUGGAACAUACAAGGCUCCUCGGUUUAAAAUGCCCCAAUUUGAUUUACCAGACAUGCAAGUUCCAGAUUUGAAUGAAAACUUCGAGGGACCAGAUCUGCAUUUGUCUGCACCAAAUCUCAGAGCUGGAUUUGUAGACCCAAACUUAAAUGCACCCUCGGCCGACAUUUCAAGUCAUUCUGGAAAAAUCAAAAUGCCAGGCUUUGGGCUUUCUGGGCAUAAAAUGAAAGGCCCCGAAUAUAAAGGAGGCAUCGAUCUACCGAGUAUUGGCCUAAAAAAACCAAAGCUCGACCUCAAUACCCCUGAUAUGGAUAUUAAUGUGCCCUCUGGUAAAUUAGACCUUGAUGCAGAUGUUCCCUCUGGAAAAAUUAAAUUACCAAAAUUGAAGCUCUUUGGAACGUUGCCAAAGACUAAAGAUGUGGAUGUGAGUGCAGGGAUGAAAACACCGGAGCUAAAUCUAAAAUCCCCAAAGCUAAAAGGCAUAGAUGCUCCUGAUGUGGGUUUACCAGACAUGGACCUCCACGCUCCAGACGUAAACAUCGGUUCACCCAAAUGGAAAUUCAGUAAACCAGGGUUUGACAUGGAUGCACCUUCACUUGAUCUGAAAGGCCCGAGGUCAAAGCUGGAAAUGCCGAAUGCCGAUAUUGGAGGUUUUUCAGGAAAAAUGAAGAUGCCAGAUUUUGGAUUGUCAGGACCGAAGAUGAAAGGGUUUGGUGGCGAGGUAAACACUCCAGACUUUGAUCUUUCAGCCCCCAAGUUACAAGGCGCUAUUGGUUCCCCAGAUCUGAAUUUACCUGAGAUGCACUUUAAUAAACCCAAACUCGAUCUUUCUGGUCCAGAUGUCGACUUCGAUUUGCCCUCAGGUAAAUUCAAAGGACCAGCAAUAAAGAAACCAAACUUUGGCCUGGACGCUCCUGACAUGCACAUUGACGCUCCCACGGGCAAAUUCCAGAUGCCUAAAUUCAACCUUUCCAGCACGUUGCCAAAAGGACCAAAUUUGGACAUAAAUGCAGACCUGAAAUCACCAGAUCUAAAUUUGAAAGCACCAAAGAUAAAGGGGGGAAUCGACACCCCUGACUGGGACUUACCGAACAUGGACCUUAAAGCCCCCAAGUUAGAUGUUAAAACUCCAGAUGUCAACAUUGGUUCACCCAAAUCAAAAUUUAAACUGCCCAAAUUCAAGAUGCCUAAGUUUAGUAUUCCAAGCUUAAAAGGACCCGAGAUCAGUGGAAACUUCGAUGGGCCAGACAUGGAUAUCAAUGCACCAAAGUUCAACCUCAAAGGUCCUAAAGGGGGUUUGGACUUGCCAGAUUUUGAUAUUUCUGGUCCGUCCGGAAAAUUCAAGAAGCCAAACUUGAACCUGCCUAAUUUGGGGCUUUCUGGUCCAAAGUUAGAUGGCCCUAACUUAGACCUCAGAUCACCUGACCUAGAUCUGUCUGGUCCCGACCUCAGUGGUGGGUUAAAUGCACCAGACUUUAACAUGCCCAAGGUCGACCUUAAAAGUCCCAAACUGGAUUUCAAUACUCCAAAAUUCAAUCUAGACAUGCCGUCAGGUAAAAUGAAAAUGCCAAAGUUUAGCCUCCCAAGCUUAAAAGGACCUGAAAUUGAUGGAAACUUCGAUGGUCCAGACAUGGAUAUCAAUGCACCAAAGUUCAACCUCAAAGGUCCUAAAGGGGGUUUGGACUUGCCAGAUUUUGAUAUUUCUGGUCCAUCUGGAAAAUUCAAAAAGCCAAACUUUAACCUGCCUGACUUGGGGCUUUCUGGUCCAAAGUUAGAUGGCCCAAACUUGAACCUGAAAUCCCCAAACCUAGAUCUCUCUGGUCCCGACCUCAGUGGUGGGAUAAAUGCACCCGACUUUAACAUGCCCAAGGUCGACCUUAAAAGUCCCAAACUGGAUUUCAAUACUCCAAAGCUCAAUCUAGACAUGCCGUCAGGUAAAAUGAAAAUGCCAGAGCUUCAUGCUCCAGACUGGGAUGUCAAAGCUCCCAAAGGCAAAUUGAAAAUGCCUAAAUUUAAUCUUUCAGGCACGUUGCCAAAAGGACCAAAUAUGGACAUCAACACAGAUCUGAAUGCACCAAACAUGAACCUUAAAGCUCCAAAGUUAGACGUGAACACUCCUGAUGUCAACAUUGGUUCACCCAAAUCAAGAUUUAAACUGCCCAAAUUCAAGAUGCCUAAGUUUAGUCUUCCAAGCUUCAAAGGGCCUGAGAUUGACGGACACUUGGAUGCCCCAGAUGUUGAUGUGAAUGUACCCAAUGUCAAUGUAAAAGCUCCUAGAGCCGAUUUAGACUUGCCAGAUUUUGAUAUUCCUGGUCCAUCUGGAAAUUUCAAAAAGCCAAACUUUAACCUGCCUGACUUGGGGCUUUCUGGUCCAAAGUUAAGUGGCCCUAAGUUGGACCUCAGAUCACCUGAUCUAGAUCUCUCUGGUCCCGACCUCAGUGGUGGGUUAAAUGCACCAGACUUUAACAUGCCCAAGGUCGACCUGAAAAGCCCCAAACUGGACUUCAAUGCCCCAAAGCUCAAUCUAGACAUGCCGUCAGGUAAAAUGAAAAUGCCAAAGCUUCAUGCUCCAGACUGGGAUGUCAAAGCUCCCUCGGGCAAAUUGAAAAUGCCUAAAUUGAAUCUUUCAGGCACGUUGCCAAAAGGACCAAAUAUGGACAUGAACACAGAUCUGAAUGCACCAGAUCUAAAUUUUAAAGCUCCAAAGAUAAAGGGUGGACUUAGUGCCCCUGACUGGGACUUACCCAACAUGGACCUUAAAGCUCCAAAGUUAGACAUGAACACUCCAGAUGUCAACAUUGGUUCACCCAAAGGAAAGUUCAAAAUGCCAAAACUGAAAAUGCCAAAGUUUAGCCUCCCAAGCUUAAAAGGACCUGAAAUUGAUGGAAACUUCGAUGGUCCAGACAUGGAUAUCAAUGCACCAAAGUUCAACCUCAAAGGUCCUAAAGGGGGUUUGGACUUGCCAGAUUUUGAUAUUUCUGGUCCAUCUGGAAAAUUCAAAAAGCCAAACUUGAACCUGCCUAAUUUGGGGCUUUCUGGUCCAAAGUUAGAUGGCCCUAACUUAGACCUCAGAUCACCUGACCUAGAUCUGUCUGGUCCCGACCUCAGUGGUGGGUUAAAUGCACCAGACUUUAACAUGCCCAAGGUCGACCUUAAAAGUCCCAAACUGGAUUUCAAUGCCCCAAAGCUCAAUCUAGACAUGCCGUCAGGUAAAAUGAAAAUGCCAGACCUUCAUGCUCCAGACUGGGAUGUCAAAGCUCCCAAAGGCAAAUUGAAAAUGCCUAAAUUUAAUCUUUCAGGCACGUUGCCCAAAGGACCAAAUAUGGACAUGAACACAGAUCUGAAUGCACCAGAUUUGAGGCUAAAAGCACCAAAGGUAAAGAGUGGACUUAGUGCCCCUGACUGGGACUUACCCAACAUGGACCUUAAAGCUCCAAAGUUAGAUGUUAACACUCCAGAUAUUAACCUUGGUUCACCAAAAGCAAAGUUUAAAAUACCCAAAAUGAAAAUGCCUAAAAUUGGUCUACCGAGCCUAAAAGGACCUGAGAUUGACGGCGGUUUAGACGUCCCAGACUUUGACAUUGAUGCGCCCGACGUCAACCUCCGAGGGUCCAAACCUGGCUUUGAAAUGCCAGAUGUGGACUUCGGUGGCCCAUCAGGAAGAAUCAAAAAGCCACAUUUGAAAAUGCCUGAUGUGGGUUUUUCUGGUCCAUCGUUGGACGGCCCAAACUUUGACGUCAAGACACCAAAAGGUGGACUUGAUGCCCCCAACCUGGACUUCCCAAGUGUCGACCUCAAAGCUCCAAAGUUCGAUAUGAACACUCCAGAUGUCAACAUGGAUUUAAUGUAUGCAAAGGUCAAAAAGCCAAAGAUCAAGACACCAAAAAUGCCAAAUGUUGACAUAAACGGACACCUGCGGGGACCUGAUCUGAAUUUACCAAAUGUUGACGUAAAUGGUGCAAAAGGAAAAUUCAAAAUGCCAAGUUUAAAUGCACCAGACAUAAAUCUUUCAGCGCCUAAACUGAGAGGCCCUGGUUUAAGUGCACCGGAUAUAAAUCUGCCAAAUACAAAUUUUAAAAGUCCCAAGUUCAACCUCAAUGCAAAUCGACCAGAUCUGGGAAUAGAUGGUAACUUGGGCCGACCUGACAUGAACUUUAAUGCCCCUCAGGUCAAAGGAGGAAUAAGGGGUCCAGACUAUGACAUGAAUGUUCCCUCUGGAAACUUCCAGGGUCCCCAGACUCAUCUGGAUCUGACAGACAGACAAUUCAAUGUCCCUUCUUUCAAGCUUCCUCAGUUUGGAAGUCCAGAUCUGAAUCAGGGCUUUUCUUCUCCCAAUGCAAAACUGAAUAUGAAACCAGUUGAAUUAAAGGGGAACAUCUCAGGACCGAGGGUCAAUGCUCCAAACAUCGACCCCCGCUUUCCUACAGCGGCACCAAGGAGUCCGGGGCUGCAUUACAAAUAUCCAGAUCUUAACCUUGAUGAUCCUUCACUAAAUUUCCGAGGACCUUCUUAUCAGAAUCGCAGAUCAGACAUGAACAUGAGGACUCCUGAUCUGGACAUAGAUGGAGGUGUCAGACUUCAUCACAGUGAUAGAAAGUCACAUAGAACCACUGCCCACAGCUUCCCUGUGGCGGACGCAGGGUUUGGCCACCGUUCAGAUCUUAACAUCGAUGAUUUCACAGGAAAGGAUCACGUACUUAGAGCCAGAGGUGCGAAGCUGGACGCCCAGGCCUCACGUGACUACAGACAGGGGUUCCCCCCAUCAGGUCUUGAUAUUGACAUGAUGGACGCCGUACACACCAGGAGGAUUCCAGCUGGUUACAUAUAUUCAAAGCACCAGAGAACAGUGCAAGCUGAUGUUAGUGCACGAGAUCCCAGAGUACGAGUACCCAACAGUUCAGACGGAUACUACGUCACCUCUUUCCCCGCUCACACGCAGAACCAAAGGAUGCCAAAUCGUAAAUACAACACACUCGGAGGACUUGACUUUCACUCAGGAAACGUGGAACUCGAAGUUCCAAAUCAAAACGACCCGAAAGGUUCAACUUUCGUUUUCGCCGACCUCGUGUAGGUCUCCUGCUUCCACAAGCGACGGCAACACUUUCUGUUCAUAUGCUUUUUGUAUUGGGUGGAUUUUAAGAUGUAUAAUGAUGUAUAAUUUUCAUCAAAUGUGUCAUUUUGUAUUUCGUUUGAAUUUGUGAACAUAAAGCAGCUUUGUAAUGAUGCAAAUUACUUUAUAAAGCUGUAUUCUUGCACAAAUGUUGUGUAACAUGAGAUUUAAUACUACACAAUACUUGUUUGUAUGUACAUCAAAGUUACAACCAAAGAUUGUAAAAUCUCUAAAUACUAAUUUUACUGCUGAUGUUGAAAGUCGAGGAGGAAACUUCUGGAUUACAAGGAUAAAAAGUUAUUUUGUGUUAAAAUAUCCAGAUUUUUGCAUAUUUUUCUAUUGUUUUGUACAAAUGUUCUGAAAAAGCUUCUUUAUUUUAUAUUCAAUAGAAAUGUAUAUAGUUAAGUUUUAUUUUACAUUUUUGCUUCUGACAUGUUUGAGCUGUAACUUAAUGAAAUAAUAAUGAAAUAUUUAAGAUGACUAUACUGUGUAUAUCUAAAUAUGUAAACAGACCAUUUUAAAGGUGAAAAUUAAACAAUUAAAAAUGUUAAGCAUGUUCCAUGUUUUUAUUUAACUGUGUGAAAAAUGUUUAAAUAAAUGUUCAUUAAAAUGU